AUGUCUGCACCAAGCCCAAGUCCGCCCUCUGUCACCACUGUGGCCAGGCCCACAAGCCAGUCGAGCCCCCGACCUGCGUCCCUUGCUGCAUCCUGUGCAAGGGAGCCCAGGUCACGGGCUCGCGCCCGUGCGGGCUCCGUUUCGAGCGGAAUGGCCCGUCAUCGUCCCCGGCCACGUCCAAGCACCAGCCUCCCCCACCAGACCUCCCGGCCUCAAGACCUCCCGGCCUUCCCACCCCCGCCGCCACUCUGUCUGCCGUGGUGGCCAGUCUGCCAGCCGCCACCACUCCGAGGCGUCCACAGGUCCGAGGCGUCCACCGCCCCCACCACCACCACCACAUCACCGGUAAGCUGGAAACCGCAGUCUCACACGUCGGACCCCCAAACCGCGGCCCUCGAGGCCACUAUCGCUGCCCAGCAGCUGCAAAUUCAGGAGCUGACGGGCCAGCUGCAGGCCACGCUAGUGCGUCUGUCUUCCCCCCCUCCUCUUCCUACUUCCCGAGCUCCCGCACCUCCACAGCCACCAUCGCUAGCUGUGGAGCCGAUGAGUACGGCAUCCUCGGCUGCAUCAUCGCGCGCCUUCUCUCCCAACCGCUGUCCCCAGCUCAAACGCCGAUCACCUUCCUCCGACCCCGUCGCGCCCGAGCAUGACGUGAUUCGCCAAACAACCUCGUUCUUGGAGGCGUUUGAGAAGCGCUUCAUGGCCCGCUUUGCACAACUUGAGGAGCGCGUCGCCAGUAUCGACACCCGUAAGGCCGCCAUCGAAUCCCACCUUACCACCCUAGACACCAGGUUCGCGGCCUUAGAGACCCGCCAAAGCGCGACUCAGGCCACCGUCGCACACCUGUCACUCCCUGCCCCACUCACACCGGCACCUACCCCCACUCUGUCGGGGGACUCCGCCAUCCAUCAUGGCCAGACACCCCACGCGCCUUAA